AGAGAGAGAGAGAGAGAGAGAGAGAGUUUAUAUUAGCACAGAGCAGCUCAGAGUUCAUUCAGCACUGAGACUCAGACAGAAGUGUGUUACAGAUUUAAGACUAACAGCAGAAAUGAGAGAAAUAGUUCAUAUACAAGCCGGACAAUGCGGCAAUCAGAUCGGCACUAAGUUUUGGGAAGUCAUAAGUGAUGAACAUGGCAUUGACCCAGCAGGCAACUAUGUGGGAGACUCUGUCCUUCAGCUGGAGAGAAUUAACGUGUACUACAAUGCGGCGAGCUCACAUAAGUUUGUACCUCGAGCCAUACUGGUGGAUCUGGAGCCGGGGACGAUGGACAGUGUCCGAUCUGGGACAUUUGGACAGCUCUUUAGACCUGAUAAUUUCAUCUUUGGACAGACAGGUGCAGGGAAUAACUGGGCGAAAGGGCACUACACAGAAGGAGCCGAGCUUGUGGACUCAGUGCUGGACAUAGUGAGGAAGGAGUGUGAGCACUGCGACUGCCUCCAGGGCUUUCAGCUCACCCACUCGCUGGGAGGUGGCACUGGUUCAGGCAUGGGCACGCUGCUCAUCAGUAAAAUCCGUGAAGAAUAUCCGGACCGCAUCAUGAACACCUUCAGUGUCAUGCCCUCACCCAAAGUGUCCGAUACAGUGGUGGAGCCUUAUAACGCCACACUGUCUGUGCACCAGCUGGUGGAGAACACGGACGAGACGUACUGCAUUGAUAACGAAGCACUUUACGACAUCUGUUUCCGCACACUCAAGCUCACGACGCCAACGUAUGGUGAUCUUAAUCACCUGGUUUCAGCCACCAUGAGUGGAGUCACCACCUCGCUGCGCUUCCCUGGUCAACUGAACGCAGAUCUCCGCAAGCUGGCUGUAAACAUGGUUCCCUUCCCACGCCUGCACUUCUUCAUGCCCGGUUUUGCCCCACUGACCGCUAGGGGGAGUCAGCAGUACCGUGCCCUCACCGUGCCUGAAUUAACACAGCAGAUGUUCGAUGCUAAGAACAUGAUGGCUGCAUGUGACCCGCGUCACGGCCGCUACCUGACCGUGGCCACCGUCUUCCGAGGCCCCAUGUCCAUGAAGGAAGUGGAUGAGCAAAUGCUCGCCAUCCAGAACAAAAACAGCAGCUACUUUGUUGAGUGGAUCCCCAACAACGUCAAAGUGGCUGUGUGUGACAUCCCACCCAGGGGACUCAAGAUGGCGUCCACUUUCAUUGGCAACAGCACGGCUAUCCAGGAGCUGUUCAAGCGUAUCUCUGAGCAGUUCUCUGCUAUGUUUCGACGAAAAGCCUUUCUGCACUGGUUCACCGGAGAAGGCAUGGACGAGAUGGAGUUUACAGAGGCCGAGAGCAACAUGAACGACCUGGUGUCUGAGUACCAGCAGUACCAAGAGGCUACAGCCAACGAUGGCGAAGAUGCUUUCGAUGAGGAUGAGGAGGAAGUCAAUGAGUGAACCCUGUAGGCUGAUACUUUCGUCACUCACAUUGUGCGCACACAUUUAACAUUAUGUGGGUUUUGUUUUGUUUUUUUCUCUUUAAGCUGUGAUUUAAUUUUUUUUUUUUUUUUUUUUUUUUUAAAUGUAAGACCCUAGUCAACACUAGGAAAAUAAAUAUUCCUGAAAUUUGAAGAGAUCUGUUUUUAUUCUUUAAUAUUUAUAAAUAGUUCUAAAACAAUGCAGAAGUCAUUGUUUCCACAGACACUGCAACCACAUGUACAAUUAUAGCAGGACUGGAGCUUACUCACUGACCUACUCCAUGACCUAAUGAGCUAAACAGACAGGAUAUUCUGCAGAAAAUCACCGGCCAGAUAAUAUUUCUAUCGCCACGCUGGCGUGAAGCUCGGUUUUGCGUUGGCAUUGAGGAAGUGAACUCUGCGUCAGUCACUCUAAUGCCAAAUCCUUUUGUUCAUUUCCGCUCAUGACUUUAUAGCAGAUGUGCCUAGAGAGGAUAUAAAUCCUGCUCACCAUGGCCUCGGUUAUCCCCCAACAGCUGCUGAGCAAGGCAUUCCUCAUUCAGUGCUGUGCAACAAACAAUAGAGGAAGUCCAGUCUCGACAGAACUAUUUGUAGUGCAACACAAUGACUGAUGCAGCAGGGUGCAGUCCUGUCAUCAGGAGAAUUACCUUUUUGUGUUUUAACAAUGCAAACCAUUCACACAUACAGCAAUGGGGGGAAAAAACCACUGAGUAAGUAUUCCUUUACAGAUGUGGACUAUAAUUUUUCUGGACUCUAUUUUCCAGAUGACCUAAUAACCAGAGAAUGGCAUAGAGGGGAUAGACAGACGAAUGGAACAAAAAGAAAUGUAUCCUUCAGCUCCAUAUUACAGUCCAGAGAAGAAAGACAUUUUGCCAUGUGCACUCUGGUUCUGUCAAAUACCUAACAGCUGGAGUGGAUUCAGUAGGACAGGGCGUGGUUUUUAAUGACACAGCAGGGAAAUGCUGCUCUGAGCUAGAUUAGAUCCUAGAUUAUCCAGCAGGUUUAAACAUUUAUUAAAACUUUUUACCCCAAAAAACAAUGAAACUUUGUACUUGGAUUAGAUAUACACUACCAGUCAAAAGUUUGUGGACACUCGACUGAAAUGUUUCUCAUGAUGUUAAAAAGCUUUUGAUCUGAAGGUGUGUGAUUUAAAUGUUUGAAAUCGGUGUUGUAGACAAAAAUAAUUGUGCCGACAUAUUCAUUAGAAAACUAACAUUUUAUUUACAAAAGGAUCUUUUUUUAUAUUUAUUUAUUUUUUUUAAAAUGGACGACUUGGAGCGAAAUAUUCUGAAAAGCAGCCGAUAAGUGUCCAGCGUCGGUGUGAACUCCUUUAAUACUGUUUAAAAAGCAUCUCAGGGAAAUUCCUCAACAAAUCGGUCGAGAAAAUGCCAAGAAUACAUUUCUGGAAAUUCUCUGCAAAAGGGGUAUUUAUUUUGAAGAUGCUAAAAUAUUAAAUUAUUUUGAUUUAUUUUGGAUUUUUUAUCACAGCAUAAUUCCCAUAGUUCCAUUUGUGUUACUCCAGAGUCUUGAUGACUUUAUUAUUAUUCUAAAAUGUGGGGAAAAUUUUUUUAAUAAAGAAUGACUGUUUCUAAA